CCCCCUCCCCGGGGCAGUUAAGCGACCAACUUUUUGCGGGCAUGGCGCCGGGGGCGGGCGGGUGGCGACCCUGGCACUAACUUUGUUUCAGGAACUGGGCGAGGCCACUGCACGCCGGCGGGCCCGGGGAGAGUUCGGGGCGCGCACGAUUUCUCCUUCGGGAAGAGUGCGGUCCAUGGAGCAGAGCUAAGGGAAGGCACCGGGAGAGGCGUGGUGUGGGGAGAGGAACGCCACCCAGCCCGGAGAAGGCGUCCGGGGUCCGGCAGACCGGAGGCGGCGGCGGCGGAGCUUCGGGCCCCCUGCAGCCGCCAAGAUGAAUGGCCUGUCCUUCGACGAGACGGCCUUGGAUCCCUCCCUGGCCCUGGGCGAGUCCAGUGACAUCGACUCGGCUCUGCUCAGUGACAUCGAAGAUAUGCUUCAGCUGAUCAACAACCAGGACAGCGACUUCCCCAGUCUCUUUGACUCCAGCUAUGGUGGGGCCGCACCCCCCUUCCAGGAUGUUGGCUCUUCUGGGGGGCUGUCCCCUCCUCCCAGCUCUCUCAGCUCCACCCUUGACAACUUCUUGGGGAACACCAAGGGGCUGCCCCAUGGAAAGAUGUACCAGCCUCCACCUCCUCCCCCUCCUCCAAUGAGCAGCUUCCAGCCCCCACAGCUGAUAGCAGGGCCUGACCUGAGCCAGGCCUCAGCCAGUAUCAAGGAGGAGCCCAUGCAACUUUCCAUCCUUCAGCCUUCUCCCCCUCAGCUGCUAUCCCAGCCUGGGCUGCCACCCCCACUGGUUCCACCACCACCUCCCCCAUCCCAGCCUCAGGCCCAGCCUCAGCCACAGGCCCAACCUCAGCCCCAGCCCCAGCCCCAGCCCCAGCCUCAGCUGCAGCCACAGCAGGCCCAGCCACCAAAACCACAGCCACAACCACAGACACAGACACAGGAAUUACAGCCACCAGGAGUCAUGGUACCCCAGAGUUUUGCUCCUUCUUCCCAGCCUCAGUUUACCUCUCCAUCUCUACUGGACUACCAAGGCCAGGGCAAUUUCCCAGCAGCCGUUCCUCCUGCUAGCAUCCAGCAGCCCCUGUCUCCUCAAGGGCCAUUGCCAGUUACCAUCCAAGCCCAGGUUCAGAAUCUCUGCCCACAGCAGUUGUUGACAGCACCCGCCCAGGUUGUGUCCUCCCAGAUCCAGCAGGUCCCAGUCCUGCUCCAGCCUCACUUCAUCAAGGCUGAUUCACUGGUCCUGACAGCUGUGAAGACCGAUGUGGGCACAGGAGCGAAGACCUCAGGGAUCAACUCUUUGGCCACCACCACAGCAGUGCAGUCUGCCCCCCUGCAGGUCCCGACCCUGGUGAGCGGAGGCACCAUUUUAGCCACCGUGCCCCUGGUGGUAGAUGCUGACAAGCUGCCCAUCAAUCGUCUUGCUGCUUCGGGCAAGACCCCCAGCUCUCAGAGCAAAGGGGAGAAGAGAACAGCUCACAAUGCUAUUGAGAAGCGUUAUCGAUCCUCUAUCAAUGACAAGAUUGUGGAACUCAAAGACCUGGUUGUGGGAACUGAGGCUAAGUUGAACAAAUCAGCCAUCCUGAGGAAGGCCAUUGACUACAUCCGGUUCCUGCAGCAGACCAAUCAGAAGCUAAAGCAAGAGAACCUGACUCUCAGGAUGGCUAUGCAGAAGAAUAAAUCCCUGAAAGACCUGGUAUCAUGCGCUAGUGGGAACAUGGACAUACCCAUGGAGAUCAUCAAACCGGAGAUGGUGGAUGCGCUGACCCCACCCCCCUCAGAUGCUGGCUCCCCCUCCCACAGCAGCCCCCUGUCCCUGGGUAGUGGUGGCAGUGGCAACAGUAGUGACUCAGAGCCCGACAGCCCGAUCUUUGAAGACCCUAAGGUGAAGCAGGAACAGCUCCCCUCCCCCAGCAGCCUGGGCAUGCUGGACCGAUCGCGGUUGGCCCUGUGUGCCUUUGUCUUCCUCUGCCUUUCCUGCAACCCGUUGGCCUCCCUUCUGGGCAGGAACAGUGGGCAGAGCCAGACUGACAGCACCAUCUACCACAUGCCUGGCCGCAGCGUGCUGGGCACAGAGGGCAAAGGUAGUUCCAGCUGGUCUCAGUGGCUUCUGCCCACUUUGUUUUUCUGGAUGCUUAAUCUGUUGGUGGUCCUGGCAGCCUUCAUCCGCCUCUUCAUCUAUGGCGAGCCCAUCACCAGGCCCCACUCAGGACCCUCGGUCUUGUUUUGGAGACACCGCAAGCAGGCCGAUUUGGAUCUAGCCCGGGGGGAUUUUGCUCAGGCCUCGCAGAACCUGUGGCUGGCUCUCCGAGCCCUAGGGCGGCCUCUCCCCACCUCCCAUCUGGACCUGGCCUGCAGUCUACUCUGGAAUCUCAUCCGCCACUUCCUUCAGCGUCUCUGGGUGGGACGCUGGCUGACUGACCGGGUGGGGAGCCUCCUUCGAGAUCAGGAGCUGCAGGCGGAUGUCAGAUCUAGCUCUAGGGAUGCAGCCCUGGUCUACCAUAAAUUACACCAGCUGCAUAUGACAGGAAAAUACACCAGUGGCCACCUUGCUGCUGUCAACCUGGCAUUGAGUGCCCUCAACUUGGCGGAAUGUGCAGGCAGUUCCAUCUCCGUGGCCACCUUGGCCGAGAUCUAUGUGGCCGUGGCACUCCGGGUCAAGACGAGUUUUCCUCGGGCCUUCCAUUUCCUGACGCGCUUCUUCCUGAGCAGUGCCCGCCAGGUGUGCCUAGCCCAGAGUGGCACCAUGCCCCCUGCCAUGCAGUGGCUUUGCCAUCCCGUGGGGCAUCGCUUCUUUGUGGAUGGGGACUGGGUAGUGAGGAGCACCCCUAGGGAGAGCCUCUACAGCUCCACAGGGAACCCAGUGGACCCCCUGGCCCAGGUGACCCAGCUGUUUCGGGAACAUCUGUUGGAGAAAGCCCUGGGCUGUGUGGCCAAGCCUGAACAGACCCCGGCUUCAGCUGAUGGGGACAGAGAGUUCUCCGAUGCCCUUGGGUACCUGCAGCUGCUGAAUGGCUGCUCGGAUGCCGCCGGGGCCCCUGCCCUCAACUUCUCCAUCAGUUCAAGCAUGGCUGCCACCACCGGUACUGACCUGGUGGCCAAGUGGUGGGCGUCCCUCAUUACGGUGGUAAUUCACUGGCUCCAGCGAGAUGAUGAGGGGGCAGAGUCUCUCUACCCCAUGGUGGAGUACAUGCCCAAAGUCCUCCAGGCUUCUGAGAAGCCCCUGCCUCGGGCCGCCCUGCAUUCCUUCAAGGCAGCAAGGACGCUUCUGGGGAAGAAGCAGCAGGAGCUCAGUCAGGCCAGCCUGAGCCAGUGUGAGAAGGCCAGCAGCUACCUCCGGGACAGCCUGACCGCAGGGCCCUCUGCAGCUACCGCUGGCACUUCUAUUGACAAGGCCAUCCAGCUCCUCCUGUGUGACCUGCUUCUGGUGACCCGCACCAGUCUGUGGCAGCAGCAGGUGGGCACUGCCCAGCCCCCCAGCUCUGGCCACCAAGCCUCGGCCCUGGAACUUCGAGGCUUCCAACAGGACCUCAGCAGUCUCCGGCGUUUGGCGCAGUCCUUCCGGCCCGCCAUGAGGAGGGUAUUCUUGCAUGAAGCUACUGCCGCUGAUGGCUGGAGCCAGCCCACUCGGACUCAUCAACUCCUGGACAGAAGCCUGAGGAGAAGGGUUGCCCCAAGCAAUAAAGGAUCAGGUGAGCUGGAGACUCGACCCACUCAGAGGGAACAUGCAGAGGCCCUGCUGCUUGCCUGCUGCUAUCUGCCCCCCACCUUCCUGUCAGCACCAGGCCAGCGAGUGGGCAUGUUGGCCGAGGCUGCCCGGACCCUGGAAAAGCUAGGAGACAAGAGGAUGCUGUAUGACUGCCAACAGAUGAUGAUCAGGCUGGGCAGUGGACUACUGUUACCUCAGGGUAGCCGAGCCUGCCCUGGGCCUCGCAGCCUCUCCAAAACCCCAGCCAGGAUGGACUGUCACAGACCACCCAGUCCCCCUGAAACUUUCAACCAUCCAGGACCAGCCUGGGGCCCCUCUGCCUGCGUCAGGGCCUAGGACCUUAGAACCUUGUCAUGGCAGUGUCACCGAGGCCCCUUAGGAGCUAGGGUUCCAGAGAUACUAGAGGAUACGGGGAGAGGUGGGCAAGGUGACCUCUUUUCCUCAGUCACACACCUGGAACCCACCCACAUCCACUGUCCUGAUACCGAGAGGAGCCAGCAUGGCGCUAGACCCUUCUUCAUUCAAACGCGCCUUUCCCUACCCCUGACCUUGAGAAACAACUGGAUUCAGUCAAGGCCAGGGUUCAGAUCCCAGCUCUGACUCUGGGCCCCAGUUUGUUGGACUAGGUAACUUUUCCACCUCUGUGAUCCUGUCAAAGAAAACAGGUCCUGGACACUUCUCGAUGAGGCUCCUUGGGCAGUUGGGGGGCCGGAGCAUGUGAUUUUUGUUUGGGUGACAUGCCCUCUAUGGAAGGGGCUGUCACCAUAUCCUUCCCCUUGCCCCCUCCCUCCCAUCUAAUCACUGGGUAAUUUGAUGCCUGUGAUUUAUUGUGUUUAAUGGGCCAAGGCUAAUGAGAACUUUGCCUUUUCCUUGGUAAUCAGCCCUCACCUGGGGAGUAAGGAGGGGGUGCAGGUGACUAAAGGGGCCCCAGGUGACAGGCUGGGCAAAGAGAGGAAGGAGGUGGUGGUAGUUUUCCUAAAGGACUACAGGCCUCCCCUCUGGCCUAAUGGGCAGGCAGCGAGGUUGCUGGAUGAGAUGCUACUGACCUCUGGUGGUCCCUUGGGAGAUUGCAGGGGCUGUGUGAAUACCCCCUGAGGCAAGGCCCAUAUUCAGUCCUCCACCCAAAAUGGAUAGACUGUUGACCUCAGAGCCAGCAAGACUUGGGUUCAAGUCCCACCUUUGAUAGAGACUGGCACAGUGCACGAGGCAAUUCUUGGAGGCCUCUGGAAACUUCCUGUAUCCAUGAAAUCACAGGUGCCGCUCCACAUGGCUGCUUGAUCGCAAAGGAACCAAAUAGUGUAUUCUGUCCCACGCCCCCUCUCCCUUUCUGAAUUGACUGCUUUUGGGGGAGGGUUAGUCAGUUGUCCUGGAGUAGAUGUCCUUGACCUUUGGAGCUGAGGGAGGCUCGAGGGAAAGGCCCUUCCUACAGAAGCGCUGCUGCCAUGGGUCUGGUUGCCCUGUUAGUGUUUUCUGGGUGUCUCAUAUGCCAAAAUAACAAGGGGGGGCAGUGGGGCUCUUGACUUCACCUAGGACAGCACAGACCUUGGCAACCACAUGGGUCUGGGGGCUCUACCCCUGGCCCUCAGCCUCAGAUUCCCUUUCCUCCCCACCCUCACUGCCUCUACUCCCACCCCUCAGGCUUUCUGCUACAAGGGGAGUUUCCCCCUGUUCCCCCCUUGCAACCAGGGUUUGGCCCACAGGAGGCCUUCACUUCCAAAGUUCUCUGGCCUUUUCAGGAAGGGAGGUGGGUCCCUGCUCCCUGGCCACUGUGGGUUCCAAGUCAGUGACCCCCUGAGGGUCACCCUAGUGGAUGAGGGGGGAGCAGGCCCGGGGCUUUGUGGCUGACCUUGUACAUAUAUGUAUAUAUUGUCACUACAUCUCCUUGCCACUGCACUAGCCUCCCUAAAGUAUCGGGAGACACCUGUACUACUUUUUUCCUUUGCAAACUUUUAUUUUCAUAGUGUGAGAAGAGUUUUGUACAGAAAAUUAAAAGGAGAAAUUAUUUAUAA